UCAAAAUUAGAAAACGUGUCCGCCCACUACAGUAUAGGCAGCUAGCUACAAUUAUGUUUAUAUCAUCGUUAGCACGUCGCCAGUAAUAUUAGACCAGUCAACGAAUGUGAAGUAAGAUCUAUUUAGCAGCUGUUGUUGCCAAUAUAAGAGGGUAACGAACAUACAACACGUUGAGCUACCUUCAAUCAGACCCAAAAGGAAAUGUUCGCCGUUUACUGCUAUUUCCCUAGUUGUGUCAAGAUGCUGUAACGUUUCGCUAACGUUAGCUGGCCAACGCAAGAACGCGGAAAGAAUUUGUCCCGGAACACAAUGAAGUAGCCUGCCGCGGCCGUGACGCAAGACCCCAUCGUAUCGUUCUCGCCGUUCCCUCGAACCCGGAUCGCUUUUUUCCCCCCGAGCGGCAUUCCCGAGCGGAGCCCCUUCCCCUGCAGGCGGCCGUGUCCGAUGUCCGUGCCGGGCGGGGCUGAGGACCCGGGGACCGCCCUGCGCUCAGAGACCGCCUCCCCGCCGGGGCAGAGAUGAAGGAGGUGUCGCUGUGGACGGGCGAGGAGGUGGCGCACUGGCUGGCUGAGGAGGGCCUGCAGGAGUACUGUGGCCCCGGGGCCGGGAUGAGCGGCCGUGAGCUGCUGAGCCUGGCCCCCGCGGACUUCCAGCGGCCCCCCCUGUCCCUGGUGUCGUCGGACGGGGGCCGGCAGCUCCUGGAGCGGGUGGAGACGCUGAAGAUCGAGCGGCACAUGGAGGCGCACAAGAACGGGCACGCCAACGGCCACGGGCCCAACGGCUUCCGCAAGGACAUGGUGCGCAUCGCGGUCCCCGAGCCCGACCCCCAGCCCUACCCCUCCGAGUGGGGCAAGACCAGGGCCGCCUUCGCCUACGCGCUCUGCUGCUUCGUCUCCACCACCAUCAUCAUCUCCGUGGUGCACGAGCGCGUGCCCGACAAGGAGCUCUCCCCGCCCCUGCCCGACAAGUUCUUCGACCUUUUCAACAGGGUGGAGUGGGCCUUCUCCAUCUGCGAGAUCAACGGCGUGGUGCUGGUGGGCCUGUGGCUGCUGCAGUGGACCCUGCUCAAAUACAGGUCUAUCAUUGGGCGAAGGUUCUUCUUCAUCGUGGGGACGCUGUACCUGUACAGGUGUGUGACCAUGUACAUCACCACCCUCCCUGUGCCCGGAAUGCACUUCAAGUGCUCUCCAAAGCUCUUUGGUGACUGGGAGGCCCAGAUGCGCAGGGUGGUGAAGAUGAUCGCUGGAGGAGGCCUGUCCAUCACUGGAUCCCACAGCAUGUGUGGAGACUAUCUGUACAGCGGCCACACCGUCAUGCUAACGCUCACUUACCUCUUUAUCAAAGAGUAUUCUCCAAAACGGUUCUGGUUGUACCACUGGUUCUGCUGGACCUUGAGUGCUGUAGGAAUCUUCUGCAUUCUGCUGGCCCAUGACCACUACACUGUGGAUGUAGUGGUGGCUUACUACAUUACUACACGGCUGUUCUGGUGGUACCACACCUUGGCCAACCAGCAAGUGCUGAAGGAGACCUCUCAGAGUAACCCCGUUUCGCGGGUGUGGUGGUACAGACUGUUCCAGUACUUCGAGGAGAACGUCCAGGGCGUGGUCCCUCGGAACUUUCAGCUGCCGUUCUCCUGGCGGUCCAUAGCGGGGAGCAGGCUGGGGUACGCCAGGGUGGACACCUCGGAGUGACCGGGAAAACGUUCCCAAAGAGCGGUCCGACCUCGGCCGCGCCACUCAGCCAAUCAGCCAAUCAGCCAAGUCUUAAAGCUCCUCCGUCUUUGAAAGAUUUUACAGGCUCAUCACAGUUAUGGCUGGUCAGCACUGUGACUUCUGUUUCUAAAGCAUUUCAGUUCGAUUUUUUUUUGUUUUUUUUGUUUGACCAUCGGAAAGUGCUUCACGUUACACCUUGCGAGCAUUUCAACUUUUUCAUCAAGUAAGAUUGUUGCAUCUAAAAUGUCUGGAUUCAGAACAAGCUAUUUUCUACAGGCUCAUUUCUUCCUGUCCAUCUGAAAAGGUCUCUUUGUUGUCGCAUUGUUAAAAUGCUUAUGACCAGGCCAGACAAGUUUUAAAUGCAGGAAGUGUUUCUCCCCAUUUUUUUUUAAUGGUUAUCAUUUUCUACAACUUCUCAUGCAGCAAAAGUGCAAAGCGAUUUUUGUAAGUAUUUCACAGGUUUAUUUUUCAAACGAAUGAUGAUCAAAAAGAACCUUUUAGAUUUUUACAUUUUGAAAAGAAAGUAAACAGAAAAUAUAAACACUUAUUUGAUGUUUUCUAGUGCCUUUCUUGUCUGUACAAUCUGUAGGAGUUUAUCAAUGUAUUUUGUUUUGUAUUUUAAUUCCAAUGCAAAAGUGCAUCUUUAUGAUGGCUUGAACUAAUCGAACUGAAAGCAGUCUUGUGAAGCUGAUUUCGGGUUGUGUCAACCAACAGUCUUUCUGUCCAUGUUUUUGAAUGUACGUAUGUAUUGUUAGCCUUACUAGGUCUUGGUCUUCCCAAGCCGAAAAACCUUGAAAAAUCGAAUCAUUUGCAUGUUAUUUUGUUCAUUAUCUGUAUUUAUUGUAGCAUUUACCUGAGAGAUAUCCCAAUUAUGAAAUGUAUUCUUUGUUUGUGUAAUCACAUUUAGUAAGUUUUGGCUUUGAUUGGCCAGAGCAGAUGACAGAGUAUCUGGUGACCACACCAUUAACGUUGAGGUCACAGCAGCGAUAGUGGAAUGGAUAUUUUCUGACAGAGGAGAUCCACCAUACAUGGAGUAUCUCGGUAACCAUGCCAACGACGAUCGGUAGAUACUCACCAACUAUGCUUCCAGGCUCAUUCGCUCUUAAAGUAGUAUCCACCAAUCGGCAUUAUUCGGCUGGCUGUUACCCAGGACCUCCACAAUUGGUGGAGCCUCCUCUCUGAUUUCCACCAAAUAAGAGGGUGUUGCGAUGGUCUUCUGUAUUCUGUUGGCCCUGGAUCAUGGUGGCAGUUACCCGGCACUGGGUUUUAACUCGCUUGUCUCUCCCCGAGUCUAUACCUCAAAAAGGACCUGUUAGCAGGCUUGAGCAUCGGACUGAGCAGCCGUAAGGAUUAAUUUGGCUUAAACUCAGCUGCGGCUGUCAGCUUAGUGCACAGAUUGUGUGAGCGUGCUUCUGAAGCGCCUGGCACUACUCCUUUUUCCAGCGUCGGGGGGGGAAACUGUCUGCACUUUAACUGUGCGACUGCAAGGGGGCGCACUUGGAACGAUGUGCCAUUCUAAGGUGCUGAACACCUGAAAGCAGUGGGUCUCCAACCCUAGUCCUGGAGAUCUACAGGGUCUGCUGGUUUUCGUUGUUACUCUGCACUUAAUUAAUCGCUUCGAGCUGUUGCGUACACAGUUGACUCACCUCAACCGGUGAAGACAAAAAUCAGCACACCCAGUAGCUCUCCAGGACCAGGGAUGGAGACCACCGCCUUGAGGGCUGGUCGCAGACAUGCUUUACGUGGCUGUAAGGUGCAGUAAAGAGGUCACCGAAGCUCUGUUCUCUGGGUUAUACCACGCUGAUUUAGACUGAUGUGACUCCUGCAGUCAGAUCCACUCACGUCCACACUGCGCUUUAGCUCUCCGGCUCCAGGAACUCUGGAAACCCGCUGUACAUCUUCCUUCUGAUCCGGCUUCGCCUGGAAAAGCAUCCGAUAACCAUUGUAAAAACCUUUCCUUUUAUUUUAUACCGUUCAAUGCAGAACUGAAAUGGAGGGCUAAAUGAAUGUACACUGCUAAUCGUCACUGCUGUUUAUUCUGUGCUGCUGGGCUGGGGGGUGCGUUUGGACCCCAUCAUGCUGUGUUCCCUGCCCCUCGUACCUCACUAAACCCUGGUUUGAAUGUGGGGGCAACCAAGCUUGGAUAAAAGCCAAAUAACAUGUAAUGUAACUCACGCCUGUGCCAUGUUCUGUAGAAGAAUGAAAAGACGUGUUUUUAAUGGCAGGUCCCCUCACUGCUGUCCGUUUGGCAAACGGGAGGAGGAGCAUACCUGCUCCGGCCCUUGUAAUUCAGUCGCGCAGGGUGUAUGUGUUGUGGAUGGCGGUUUCUGCGUUGGCGUAGGCGCUGGUUUUUGGACAAGUGACAACUUCUGGGCUUCGAACGCAAACCCUCUAUUCUGACAAUCUGGAUCGAACCACUCCUGUCUGUCUUUUGCACUGUUUGCAGACUGUUUAAUGACGCAAAAGGUUUUGGUAAACCCACCUACAUAUCCAUAACCUCCCUGUGGGGUAACCUCACCUCGCCCUGUGUCCUAUUCGUGGACUCCCUGGACAGACAGAUUCAUUUUAACAUGAUCCCUGAUUCACCAUCGACACUACGAUACUGAGCAAAAGCUCCUUGCAGAAAAUGCAUUAAUUCAGAAAUGGUUUGUGGUACAGUACACUUAAUUUGCCGACCUCACGCCUGUUUAGUAUGAUCUUGCAUUUUACCGCCAUGACUAGGGCACCAUUGCUUAUGUGACAGAUAGGGAAUGCACACUGUACUUAGCAAGAAUACAUUUGGUCAGGGCAAUCGUGAACAAAUGUAUAAAAACAUUAGAUUAGAGAACAGUUUACCAUUCAUUACUGCUGCUCUUAUUCGCUGUUUGUUUCUGUGGUCUUAAAAAAAAAGAAAAGAAUAUAUUAUUGGCGAAAUUGUUCUGCUGCUGUCACAGUGUUGUCCAAAGAAAAGCAAUACAGAAAUGUACUACAGAAUGAAAUUGUAUAAUUCAGCAUACAACCAUAAAUAUCUACAUGUUUAUAUUAAUCCCUCAUUGGAUAAUCAUACCACAAGGCUUAACCCAACAGAAAUGCAAUGAACCACUGAAUUUAGUGGAAUGGUUAAGUCUUUUCAGAAUGUCUUUUGUGAUUUGAGAGUAAGGCAAACCAAUGGGGUUCAGAUAGGAGCCAAGAGCCAUUUCAGUCUUUGAAUUGAGUGAAAAUUGUGAAAUUGAUGGAUGAAGGUUUACAUGUUUUGAUCCCGCCAAUCAUAUAACUGAAGGCUGUCCAUUAUUGCCAAUUUAUCAAUGUAUUAAACGUUUGUUUUCAAUUAUGGAAGUAUUUAAAAUUCUUUUUUUAAUUAAAAUCAAUGUUCCAUAUCUUGCAGAUUUUUUUUGUGUGCAUACGUCAGGUGAUAUUUGUAUGGUAAAUAUAUGGGUUGAAUAGGGGCGAGAUUGAGAAGCUUUUGAAUAAAGCAUUUUUAUUA